CGGGAGGGGGGGCCGCGAGUGCGCCCGCACGGGCUGGCGGCAGAACGCGAGGGGAGGGCGCGCGGCGGCGGGAGCGCCGCACGGGGCACGGCGCUGCACAGGGCGCGCGGCGCGGGGCUGGUCUGCACGAGCGGGUGUGCGGCUACAGCUGGGAGGAAAAAAUGUUUGGCUUUCACAAACCGAAGAUGUACCGGAGUAUAGAGGGCUGCUGUAUUUGCAGAGCUAAGUCUUCCAGCUCUCGUUUCACUGACAGUAAACGCUACGAAAAGGAUUUCCAGAACUGUUUUGGGCUCCACGAGGCCCGCUCAGGAGACAUUUGCAACGCCUGUGUCCUUUUGGUGAAAAGAUGGAAAAAGUUGCCAGCAGGAUCCAAAAAAAACUGGAAUCACGUGGUAGAUGCCAGGGCUGGACCCAGUCUGAAAACAACACUGAAACCAAAGAAAAUGAAAACUCUCUCUGGAAGCAGAAUAAAGAGCAAUCAAAUCAGCAAGCUGCAAAAAGAAUUCAAGCGGCAUAACUCUGAUGCCCACAGCACCACUUCAAGUGCCUCCCCAGCUCAAUCCCCCUGCUACAGCAACCAGUCUGAUGAGGGCUCUGACACAGAGAUGAGUGCUGGGUCCAGCAGAACACCGGUUUUUUCCUUUCUAGAUCUCACGUAUUGGAAGAGGCAAAAGGUCUGCUGUGGAAUUAUUUACAAAGGGCGUUUUGGGGAAGUCCUCAUAGACACUCAUCUCUUCAAACCUUGCUGUAGCAAUAAAAAGUCUGCCACUGAGAAGCCAGAACAAGAAGGACCACAAUCUCCAGCAAUCUCUACCCAAGAGGAGUGGUGACUUCCUUGGAGAGCUGCAGACAGUUAUACAGAUCCUCUUAUUCUCUGGAAAAAUACUAGAAAAGUGACUCUGUUCACAUUGGACACCUGCUAUGCUGCCAAAAGACUAUUCCCUAGAAUUGUUUUGGGUUUUACUGCUACAAUUCCACAAACUCUGAAACUAGUUUGUAUCCUUUCAGAAAGACUGUACAUAAUAUUUAAGAUGCUAUGGAACACUUAGUGAAGCUGAAUGCUGCUGCAAGGUUGUCCCUCUUAUCUUUCCCUCCCACUCCCUUCACAAAUGAACUUGAGGACGGGGUUUUGUAUAUUAAAGUGUAUGUAGUUCAUCUUUCUGUAUUGAAAGAAACGGUGGUUGUAAGGGUUUUUAUUUUUUUUUUAAGUUGGUUGGUAACCUCCCUUAAAUCCCCAAGAAAAUAUUUCAUUCUUAGACAUGUAUGAGAUGAACUAAUACAUAUAAAUGUUGUCACCUCUCUAGUUGUAUAAAUAUAUAUAUUUUGAAGGUGUGGAGAUCUCACCCUAUACUACUGACGUUGUAAGAAAGACAGAUAUGUGACAGACUGUUAACUGCAGACAUCUCUACUGUAAGUGAUAGUUAUCUGAAAAAGCCUCCCAACAACAGAUGCUCUUAGGGAAGGGGUAGGAGCACUUCCCUUCUUAGUUAGGAAGGGAGGAGGAGGAGUUGCCUGAGAAUUGAACACAGUGAAAUGGAUGGGAGACUUUUUUGUUUGUUUGUUUUUAACCUAGCAGCAGACCCUCUGGGCUUUGUGUAGUAACUGACUGGUAAUUAGAGGAGGACCAAGAAAACAACCCAGUGCCCAAGUUAGGUGUAGACGAUGGCCGUAACCAGGUAACGGCUAUAUCUCUUGGCCCAGUGCAGCUCAAAUGUGACCACAAAAAAGACUACUUGCUGGUUUCAGGCUUGACAUAAGACCAAGCCACUUGCUAAGCAAGUUAGAUUCAGGUCUGGGGACGCAAGCUGAUUCCAACCUGUGGUUUGGAUUCACAGUGCUUGUUUUAGAGCCACACAGCUUCUCACCAGCAGAUCAAGGCUUUUGUAAAUACUGGGCUUUUAUUAGCAUUGGUGCUGUGCUGAAUAGAGGCAGCUCUGUUUGCAUACAUGAUCAAAAGAUUCCCAGCUGAACUUGUGUGCAAACCAGUGCGAUGUUCCUUCAAACUCCACUUUGCCUUUAGGGUGAUAGCAGCUUCCUGGAGGAGUGUGCUGCAGUUUUAGUUCCCUAUUGAUUCAUGUUCCUUUAUGAAGGUUUAAUUUGUGUAACUUGAGAAUUAUGCUUUUGUUUAUUUGUUUGCUUUGGGGGGAGGGAAGGGAUUUUUCUUUUUACUCUUUUUGGGAUGUUCUGCAAUGGAUGCUACAAACUUUCCUUGUUGUGCGAGUCAUCCGUGCAAAACUUUGGUGGGUAGGGCUUAGGACUGGAUUUCUGUGUAAUCUCACUUCCUGAAAUGGGAAUAGUUAGCAAAUUAAAAUAUAGGUAGGAAAGGAUAUGCAGGAUUUAAGAGGAGCCUCCAUCCUCAAAGCUGUUUUUUCCUUUCUCCCUUCUGUUGAGUAGUCCAGCCUCUGAGGAGAGGAUAUCAGAAGAAGGCUUUGAUUUAUCACAGCCUUACAUCUUACAGCUUUCAUUGCUCUUUUACUGUGUUGUUUUUUUAUUUUUUAUUUUUUUUUUUCCUAAGCUCCCUGAGAUUCUGAAGGGAAGACAAAGCUACAUGCCUUACUUUUCAUCUGCAACCAAAUGAGUGGAUACUUGUAUAACUGCCUAACUAGGUCGGUCAUGUCUGAUAAGGACUUGAGCAAGAGUACUGGCUAUUUUUUGCAGACACCUGCCUUUACUGGAGUUUGUGUUUUCAGCAUCAGUAAUUCUGUACACCUGAGGCUGCAGUACUGAUGGUAGGUUGUGCUCUGAUACGGAUCAUCUCUUCUUCUGUAUUUAUUUAUUUAUUGCUAGAUUUCAACUGCCAACUGCUUCCCCACUCCCUCCCACCUGUUCCAUUCCUGGUAGUAAUGCAGAAUGAACUGUAUGUAGUCAUGCACUUUGUAUUAAUGUAUUAGAAAUCUAUGAAACCUGUUUUGUACUUUUAUACUGUUCAGACACUUGUAAUCCAAACUUUUUUUACUAGGGCAAUGAAUAAAUUUAGACUUAUUUAGAAAA